AAAAUUUAUUUUCCAGAGUUCAUCAAGAAGUUGGGACUGGUGAAGGAAAGGAUGAAGAAAACGCGUUAUUUCACAUACAUCUUCAUUUCCCUGUGGAAGAUCUUGUUCUUUUUCGGGUCCAUGUUGCUGUUGUUAUACGCGGGAUCCGACGACAGUCCGAUUUUCUUGUUCAAAAGUUUCAAGGACUCCUUUUCAACUCAUGCUUUGAACGUUACCGAGGUUAAUGGGAACCUGAACAGUUAUGGAACACCUGACAUAGAUGUGCAGCCAUUUGUGGAGCCAGUGAGCGUGAAUUCAUGGGGUGGAACAGCUGCUUACGUGUUGCUGAUUCAGGUCUUGGCUGCCUGGCUUUGCUACGUUUUUGCAAAAUUUGCCUGCAAGAUUUGCAUCCAAGGGUUUUCUUUCGCAUUUCCCGUGAGCUUGACGGUUCCAGUCACCAUUUCCUUUUUAAUCGCAUUGUGUGGGCUGAGAAAUGACGAUUCCUGUCUCAUGGAAAACAUCGUUCCCGCGUAUUUGUACUGGAAAUGCCCUCAAGGAGACUUUCUCAACGAGUUCAUUUCCAAUCAGUAUGCGUGGAUUUGGUUGCUGUGGCUCUUGUCGCAAACCUGGGUCACAUUGCACAUUUGGACGCCGAAAUGCGAGAGAUUGGCGACGACUGAAAAGCUCUUUGUCACGCCCAUGUACUGCUCUUUGAUCAUCGAUCAGAGUCUAGCGAUGAACCGCAGAAUGGAGGAAGAUGGCGACAUGAAAACCGAGGAUAUUCCCGGAAUCGACGACGGCGGCGAAGAAAUGUCGCCGUAUUACGAAACUAUUUCAGUGUGCACGAAUUCUUCGGGCACAGAGCCGUCGAAGAAGACAAAGAGCUCGGACCACAUCACGCGGAUUUACGCGUGUGCCACCAUGUGGCAUGAAACAAGGGACGAGAUGAUGGAGAUGCUCAAGUCCAUUUUCCGCAUGGAUGAAGACCAAUCUGCGAGAAGAGUGGCUCAAAAGUACCUCAAAGUCGUCGACCCUGACUAUUACGAAUUUGAAAAGAAUGCCAACAUUUCUAUAGUACAGCAUCAGACCAACAUUCGCAUCAAGCCACCCAAGAAAUACCCUGCUCCUUAUGGAGGAAGACUUGUCUGGACUUUGCCUGGCAGAACAAAAAUCAUUUGCCACUUGAAGAACAAGGACAAAAUCAGGACCAGAAAACGCUGGAGUCAGGUGAUGUACAUGUAUUAUUUAUUGGGCCACCGGUUGAUGGAGCUGCCAAUUUCUGAGGAGAGGAAGUCCACCAUUGCUGAAAACACAUAUUUGCUGACCCUGGAUGGAGAUAUUGACUUUCAGCCUGGGGCUGUGCAGCUUUUGGUUGAUUUGAUGAAGAAGAACAGGAAACUUGGGGCUGCUUGUGGACGCAUUCAUCCUGUUGGAUCAGGUCCUAUGGUGUGGUACCAAAUGUUUGAGUAUGCAAUUGGUCAUUGGCUUCAGAAGGCAACAGAGCACAUGAUUGGUUGUGUCAUGUGUAGUCCUGGCUGUUUCUCCAUUUUCCGUGGAAUUGCUUUGAUGGAUGACAAUGUCAUGGGGAAAUACACAACUAGGUCAGAUGAAGCCAGACACUAUGUGCAAUACGAUCAAGGAGAAGAUCGUUGGUUGUGCACUUUGCUGCUUCAGAGAGGAUACAGAGUGGAAUAUUCAGCAGCCAGUGAUGCUUACACUCAUUGCCCUGAGGGCUUUUCAGAGUUUUACAACCAGCGCAGAAGAUGGGUUCCUUCCACCAUGGCCAACAUCAUGGACUUGCUCAUGGACUACAAGCUGACCAUCAAAGUCAAUGACAGCAUAUCAUUUCCUUACAUUGUUUAUCAGUUCAUGUUGAUGAUGGGCACCAUUUUGGGGCCAGGGACCAUAUUUUUGAUGUUGGUUGGUGCCUUUGUGGCUGCUUUCCGAAUUGACAAUUGGACUUCAUUCACUGCUAAUUUGAUUUUUGCUCAAAUUAUGUCAGCUGGUUAUGCCUUGGUCAUGAUGGCAGUGAUAGUGGGAACAGCCCUGCAACUGGGUGAAGAUGGAAUAGGAUCUCCAUCAGCCAUUUUCUUGAUAGCCUUGUCAGGCAGCUUUUUUAUAGCAGCCUGUUUACACCCUCAAGAGUUUUGGUGCAUUGUUCCUGGGUUGCUGUACCUGCUGUUGAUCCCUUCCAUGUACCUCUUGUUGAUCAUCUAUGGGCUGGUGAAUCUCAAUAACGUUUCUUGGGGCACCAGGGAAGUGCUGACCAAGAAGACCAAGGCUGAACUUGAAAGAGACAAAAAGGAGGCAGAAGAAGCUCAAAAGAAACACAGACAAAAGGCUCUGCUUGGAAUCCUCAACAAAGGCAAUGGUUCAGAAGACGAAGGCUCAAUUGAAUUCUCUCUUGCUGGCCUAUUCAAGUGCAUGUGUUGUUUAUACCCAAAGCCAAUUGAUGAAGGACAGCAGUUGAUGAAAAUCGCAGACAGUCUCAUGACCAUCACCAAGCGCUUGGACACCAUUGAAAAGGUUGUGGAUCCUCAUGGACAAGUUGUGGGCAGAAGGAGAAGCUUCUCUAGAAAUUCCACCAGGGGUCACAAUGAUCCUCUUGGCACUGUUGCAGAAAAUGACCAGGAGGAGGACAACUUUGAUGACAAUUUGACAGACACUGAAAGCGAUCGGCUUGCUGAGCCAAAGAUAGAAAGGGAUGAAAUGAUAAAUCCCUAUUGGCUGGAAGAUUCUGCACUUCGAAGAGCAGAAUACGACACUUUGCCAGGCCCAGAAGUGCAAUUCUGGAACGAAUUGAUAGAGAAAUACUUGUUUCCAAUUGACGCUGACAAGGAGAAGCAGAAAGUAAUAGGUGGGCAACUAAAGGAGCUCCGGAACCGCAGUGUGUUCUACUUCUUCAUGUGUAACGCAAUAUUCAUACUGAUAGUAUUUCUGCUGCAAUUGAACAAGGAUAACCUGCAUUUUAAAUGGCCAUUCGGAGAAAAGACCAACGUGACUUUGUUGUCUGAAGAAGGGGCUCAGCCGAUUGUGACAAAGGAGUAUUUGCAAUUGGAGCCAAUUGGUCUGGUGUUCGUGUUCUUCUUUGCGCUGAUUCUCAUCAUACAGUUCACUGCCAUGUUGUUCCAUCGUUUUGGCACUUUGUCUCACAUUUUGGCAUCCACUGAACUGACUUGCUGCAACAAGAAGGUGGACGACAGUGUUUUGGAUAUUGAGAAGAGUGCUGUGCAAAUUGUGAAGGAGUUGCAGAAAUUGAGGGACAUUGAUGAAGAUGAGAGUGAAGAUGGGUCCGAUAGGACUUUGGGUAGAAGAAGGACUAUUCAUCAGUUGGAGAAACACAGGAGACACAGGCACAGACAAAUUGGCACAUUGGACGUUGCUUUCCGCAAACGGUUCUUUGCCAUUUCCAAUGCUGGUGAAGGAAAUGAUCCUGAAUCAGGUGCUCAUGUUCCUGGAAACAUGAGGAAGCUUUCCUCAAUGAGAAGAGAAACCAUCAAAGCCCUGGACCUGAGAAGAAAAACAGUCAUGGGGGAGAAAGCGGAAAGGAAACAAAAGAUGGAGACUCUCGGGGCGAAAAGAGGCGAAGUGAUGAAAGCCAGAAUGGCUGAAGCAGCUGCUGCCGCAGGUUACCACAAUGGGUCCACGAAUGGUGGGGUUGCCAACAGGGGUUAUGAAUCAGAAAACAAUGAACACCCGGGUUCAGUUCGCCUGCAAAACCUCCUGAACCCUCCCAUCAUCCGGUCGGACUUGCCUUGAAGGGGAUUCAUUUUCAACAACAACAAAAAAACACCCAUUCGACAUGAUGGGAGCUAAAAUACGAAAAUUUGGCACAAAAAAAAAAGAAGAGCUGAAUUGCCAAACUAUCACUUGCGAAGCAGCUUUCAGAAGAAAAAUAAGCAACGAUUAUAUACACACAGAGCAGCUGAUCAUGCGGGAACUGCCAAUUUUUUUUUUAAAGUGAGAAUGUGUGAUGUGGAUUUUGUAAAAAUUUAUUUGUCUGCUCAUUUAUUUUUUUUUUUCGGUGGGACCGGAACAAGUGAUUGUUCUGUUUUUUCGUGCGUGCUUUUGAAAAGAUCUGCGGGAAAAGAUUGGACCGAAAUUCGCGGAAGAAUUUCUUGUUUUUUUUUUUUCAUAUGUGGCUUUUCUUAUAUUGGUGUGAAUUUCCCACCAAGAAAGAAAAAGAAAGUUUAUUACGAUGCUGGUUGAUAUAGAUAACUUUUGCCCGUGUCUUUCGUCGGAAAAGUUGCCAAAAUUUGAAAUAUGAAGAAGAGGGAAUGAAUCGUUGAGAGACGAAUAAUGUUUCAAAAGAAAAGAAGAGAAAAAAA